GGGGAAAUAACUUAUACAAUGAUGAUAUUUUGGGAAUAAAAAAUUGAUGGGCUUGUCCCAAGUGGGCUUGGCCUUAAAGUGAGGUGCUCACCAUUGUCUCCACCGGCUCAUUUUCAACGGGAACAAUGUUCUUGUUGGGAUCUUCUUUUUGUGUAGCAGUUUUGAUUUCAGUUCUUUGAAUUAUUCCCUUAAUUUUUAUGUCAAUAUCUUUAUGUUCCUGCUAAUCUCUCUAUUGGACUUGUGUUCAUAUCAACUUUGCAACUAGUUUAAUUUUGUGGCCCAUUAGCUCAAAUCAUAUCACAAUCAGUAGUCUUUUAUCUAACAAUGCAGUUGAGUCUUUGAAGGCUUCUUUGUUAGGUAAGCAUAAUCUACAGAAAAAGGCAUAUUCCCAUGUGCAACACACACCAUAUGUUUGAGGAUAGUGCUGAGUGAAUUAUCUGAUUAUAGGCUUAUGCAUAUUAUCUGGCAUGCUAAUGUAACUACACCUAACAGCUGAUGACAAGAUUAGCUUGGUUAAUGUAUCUGCAUUGAAUAAUUAUAGCCCAAAUCUUAGCCGCACUAGCAGAGUGGAUUUCAUAGGAUUCAGUGCCUUUAUAGCAGUGGGGUGCUAAUGCAGAAUGUAUUAUUAAAACAGAAACACUGAAUUGACUUCUGAUAUAUGUGUAUGUUUGGACUGCUGAUAUGUUCUAUAUAGGUUGCUAAUAACCCGGUUAUACAUGCUCUAGUGAAAGAAGAACAUGGUCUAGGAUUGCUGGUGUUUUUAGCAAUAGGGUCCCUUGUUUAGAAUUUCUUAUCGGUCAUUUUAAAUCAGUAAUUAAACCAAAAGUGUUGGACACAAGUCUGGAACAAUGAAUUAACUGAUGAUAUGUGUUUAUGUUCGGGGUGCUGCCAUGUUCUUCUAUAUAGGCUGCUAGUAUUCAGGUUUUAACCCAAAACUUCUUAUGUUUCUCUGGAAACAGUUAUCAAACUAACAGCCUUGGACAUGAGUCUAGAAGGUGAAACGAAGUGAUGCUAUAAGCUGCUAAGAUUAAGGUCAUAAUUCAAAAAAUUGUUGAUCCUUCCUUUGAAACAGAAACCAAACCAAUGAUGACAUAUUUGUGUGUUUGCGAUACAUAGACUGCUAAUAUUCGGGUUCUAAUUCAACAUUCUAUCCUCUGAAAAGAGAAACCAAAUAUGUGUUUAUGUUCGGGGUGCUGCCAUGUUCUUCUAUAUAGGCUGCUAGUAUUCAGGUUUUAACCCAAAACUUCUUAUGUUUCUCUGGAAACAGUUAUCAAACUAACAGCUUUGGACAUGAGUCUAGAAGGUGAAACGAAGUGAUGCUGCUAAGAUUAAGGUCAUAAUUCAAAAUUGUUGAUCCUUCCUUUGAAACAGAAACCAAACCAAUGAUGACAUAUUUGUGUGUUUGCGAUACAUAGACUGCUAAUAUUCGGGUUCUAAUUCAACAUUCUAUCCUCUGAAAAGAGAAACCAAAACAACAGCCUUGGACACAUCUAGAACUCUGAAUGAGAUGAUGAUCGGGUUGUUCAUGCUUUAAUCAAAGAAGAGCAUGGUCUAGGAUAAUUUUUAACAUGGUAGUGGGUCCUCAUUGAAAAUUUCUUAUCCUUCCUCUCAAAACAAAUAUCGAACCAACAACAUCAGAUACAAGAGUUAGAACAGUACUGAAGGAACUGAUGAUAUAUGUGUGCUCCUGGAUGCUGCUAUUUUCUAUGUGGACUGCCAAAAUUUGUGUUGCAUAUGUUCUAAUGAAAGAACUUGGUCCACCAUCUCUCCCAGGAAUUCUUUUAUAGUUUCUGGAUGGCCAUCCAAACUGAGUUGGAAAUCUACUCAUCAUGGUUACAACCCCAUAACAAAAAGAAAUUGUUUUUAGUGCCUCCUCCUAUCAUGGCCCCCAUUGAAUUUAUCUUUCGAAAAGAUCUGUUCCCACCAUCAUUCACACCAAUGCUCACUCAACUAUCUCUCUACUUAUCUUGUUUUAUUGAUUUAUCAUGCACUGUGAUGAACAUAGAAAGGAGGGUAAGGAGGGUCUCAAUAAAGGAAAAUUUUAUUGCUCUUCCAUCUCCACCAUGGUCUUCAAAAGAACCAUGUUUCUUCUUCUACUUCAGAAUUUCCUUGUAAUAAGCUCUAGUCUGGUAAGCUUGGGUUAUCAGCACCACUCUGGUCACUCUUCACUCACAGACAAGGCUGCUCUUCUGGAAUUCAAGAAGGCCAUAGUAUCCGACCCGACUUUCGCACUUGCUAACUGGCAAGAGAGCAAUGAUGUAUGCAACUUCACAGGGGUCGUGUGCAAUACAAGGCAUCAUCGAGUAGCAAACUUAACCCUCAAUCGCACUGGCCUUGUGGGAUACAUUUCGCCCUUCAUUUCAAAUCUCACUGAGCUUCUUUGCCUACAGCUCGCUGAGAAUAAUUUCUCCAGCACUAUUCCACUUGAGAUAUCCUCUCUCCGGCGCCUUCGCUUUCUGAAGCUCCACAAUAACAACAUGCAAGGUUCAAUACCAGAAUCCCUUUCUCUUCUUCAUGACCUUGAAUUGUUACAUCUUUUUGGAAACAACUUGACUGGUCCAAUUCCAGCUUCCUUAUUCUCCAACUGCUCUAUGUUGCAAAAUGUAGACCUUUCUGGCAACCGUCUUACAGGAAAAAUUCCACCAGAGAUUGGAAAUUGUCCAUAUCUAUGGACCCUCAAUUUAUACAAUAAUCAAUUUACUGGACAAAUCCCUUUUUCCUUAACCAAUGCUUCAUACAUGUUUAAUUUGGAUUUUGAAUAUAACCAUAUUUCUGGUGAAUUGCCUUCAGAUAUCGUAGUGAAAUUGUAUCGGCUUGUUUAUCUUCAUAUAUCUUACAAUGAUAUGGUUAGUCAUGAUGCCAAUACUAAUCUUGAUCCCUUCUUUGCCUCCCUUGUAAACUGCUCUUCUCUUGAGGAGCUUGAAAUGGAAGGUAUGAGCCUUGGAGGAAAAUUGCCAAAUUUCAUGGGUCAACUUGGUGUUAAUCUAACAAAUCUUGUUCUGAAUGGCAACCAAAUAUCUGGAUCAAUACCUCCGAGUUUAGGGAAUUUCUCCAUACUUACGAGCCUGAAUUUAUCAUCGAAUCUAUUAAGUGGAACAAUUCCGCUAGAGUUCAGUGGAUUGUCAAACUUGCAACAGCUUAUCUUGUCACACAACAGUCUCAAUGGUUCCAUUCCAAAAGAAUUAGGGAAUAUAGGAGGUCUGGGUCAUUUGGAUUUAUCUCACAACAACCUAUCAGGCAACAUACCAGAGAGUAUAGGGAAUUUGUUUCAGUUGAAUUAUCUGUUCCUCAACAACAAUAACCUCUCAGGAGCAGUACCUCGAAGUUUAGGACAUUGCAUUGAUCUGAACAAGCUUGACUUCUCCUACAACAGAUUGACAGGGGGCAUCCCUCCAGAAAUAUCAAGUUUGCUCGAGAUCCGAAUAUUCCUGAAUCUUUCACAUAAUCUUCUCGAAGGGCCUUUGCCAAUUGAGCUCAGCAAGCUGCAAAAUGUCCAGGAGAUAGAUCUCUCGUCGAACAACUUCAAUGGAAGUAUCUUCGACCCAAUAUUAAAUUGUAUUGCCUUAAGGUUGUUAAAUUUCUCGCACAAUGCUCUUGAAGGGCCGCUUCCAGAUUCCUUGGGUGAUUUCAAGAACCUGGAGGUCUUUGAUGUUUCAGAGAACCAAUUGUCUGGAAAGAUCCCAACAACCCUCAAUAGAACCCGCACGCUCACCUUUCUGAAUCUUUCAUAUAACGACUUUGAUGGACAGAUUCCCUCCGGUGGCAUCUUUGCUUCAGUUACAAAUCUUUCCUUCUUAGGCAAUCCGAAUCUUUGUGGCUCAGUUGUUGGCAUACCCACUUGCCGUAAGAAGCGAAACUGGUUACAUUCACACAGGUUUGUGAUUAUUUUCUCAGUUGUGAUAUCUAUAUCUGCAUUCUUAUCAACUAUAGGUUGUGUUAUUGGUUGCCGAUAUAUCAAGAGAAUUAUGUCCUCUGGGAGGUCUGAAACAGUGAGCAAAUCAACACCAGACUUGAUGCACAAUUUCCCAAGAAUGACAUACAGAGAACUGUCAGAGGCCACUGGAGGGUUUGAUGAUCAGAGACUAAUUGGCUCAGGGAGUUACGGACGUGUCUUCAAGGGAGUUCUUUCAGAUGGAACUGCCAUAGCAGUCAAGGUGUUACAGUUGCAAACUGGCAAUUCCACCAAGAGUUUUAACAGAGAAUGCCAAGUCUUAAAGAGGAUUCGCCAUAGGAACCUGAUAAGAAUCAUCACAGCUUGCAGCCUACCUGAUUUCAAAGCCCUUGUCCUUCCUUUUAUGGCAAAUGGGAGCUUGGAUAGCCGUCUCUAUCCACACUCAGAGACAGGUUUGGGUUCGGGUUCUUCAGAUUUGAGCCUCAUCCAGAGGGUGAACAUCUGCAGUGAUAUAGCUGAAGGGAUGGCUUAUCUGCAUCACCUCCCAGUCAGAGUCAUACACUGUGAUCUAAAGCCGAGCAAUGUACUUCUUAACGAUGAAAUGACAGCUCUGGUUUCGGAUUUUGGGAUCUCAAGAUUGGUUUCAACAGUGGGAAAUGCUGGAGGUGUUGAGCACAUGGGAAAUUCUACUGCAAAUAUGCUUUGUGGAUCCAUUGGAUACAUUGCACCAGAAUACGGGUACGGAGCCAACACAACUACAAAAGGAGAUGUUUACAGCUUUGGCAUACUAGUUCUUGAGAUGGUGACCAGAAAAAGGCCUACAGAUGACAUGUUUGUUGGGGGACUGAACCUGCACAGAUGGGUGAAGAGUCACUACCAUGGAAGAAUGGAAAGGGUGGUAGAUUCAUCACUGUUGAGAGCUUCCACAGCUCAGCCUCCUGAAGUGAAGAAAAUGUGGCAAGUCGCCAUUGGAGAACUGAUCGAAUUAGGCAUUCUUUGCACACAGGAGUCUUCCUCUACUAGGCCUACAAUGCUGGAUGCUGCCGAUGACUUAGAUCGCCUCAAACGCUACCUCACCGGCGACAGUACCACCGCCACAUUUGCCUCUUCUCUUGGAAUUUCGUCUUCGACCCUCGAUGAUGAUGACCAACUGUCUCUAAUUUGAUGUACAUAUCUUAGAAUAUCAUAAAUAAAACUGUAUUUUAUGACGGUAA